CCGACACCGACACCAUCGCCCAACAUGAUGCCUGCCAACAUAUCAUAAACUACACCCAGCCUCGAACGGCCGCGCUCGGUCGCAAUACGACAGCCAUACUAACCAUAGCAGCAUAAUUCUUCCUCUUCGCCAACAACAGCGCCCGGGACCUCGUCACAACAAACCCCAGCCGCUUCGCUCCUAGGCCACCACGAUCUUAAACACCAACCACCGACGGACCAUACUAGGAGUACAACCUAGUCAUGGCACCGUGAUCGACCGACACCGACACCGACAACACCAUUGCAAUCGAACGAAACAUCACCGACGGGCACUGUGCGACAACCAACACAACCACUUUCGGCCAAAAUGCCCCUAUCCGACGGGGUACCGUCUUCGCCUCCAGGGCCAGGCACUUCCCUCGAAGAGUCCUUGAGAUACUACAAAGCACAGUACGAGCAACUUGAGGCUGAACUCGCCGACUUUCAAGCCUCCAGUAAAGAUCUUGAAGCCGAGUUGGAAAAGGACAUUGAAGCCUCGGAGAAGCGAGAACGCCAAUUGAAGGAGAAAGCAGCCAAUCUCCAGUAUGAGGUGGACGAAUGGAAGGCCAAAUACAAACAAUCCAAACUCGAGGCAUCGAACGCUCAAAAUACGCUGCAAAAAGAGAUUACAGAGCUUCGAGAUGCAAAUCGAACGCUACAGAUGCGACUGCGCGACGUCGAAGUCGCCAACGAUGACUACGAAAGGAAGCAGCGCAACACGGAAUCGUCCUUGGAGGACAUGGAAUCCAAAUACAACCAGGCCCUGGAAAGAAGCGUCCUGCUGGAGGAGGAGAUGCGCACAGGGGAACAAGAGCGGGAAAGCCUACGUAUUGAAGCGCAAAGGCUGCGAGACGAGCUGUCCGACCUCAAAAUCGAGACAGAUAUUAUCAAGGAAAAACUGCGCAAGGCCACGGAAGCUUUGGCUCGAAGGGAGAAGGCAAUGACGCUACAACCCAUCGGAAUCUCAGCAUCACCGCGAUCAGAGCUGUCACCCACAACCACGACCGCAUCAUCCCCAACCUUCGACACUCCUCCCACGAAAGCACCUUCGUCAUCUGGUCUUUCGGAUACUCCAACACCCCCCUCGCCUCCAAUAUCCGACGGCUCUGCCAAUGUGCCGAAGCCCGUAACAACACCAGGAUUAAGCAAGAUACGACCGUCCAUAAGUGGCACCUCUUCAACACAACAACGACCCCCGACGGCAACAUCCGGUACCAACGCUCUAAAUACCAGAUCACAUGGACAUGCCCGUGGCACGUCAAUCGCCACACUGUCACGAUCCGGACCUUCAUCAACGUUCCGACAAAGCUUGUCCAAAACCGGCCCGCCUCCUAGUCGACUCCCAGGGCUACCUCAAUCAACUUCCAUCAUCCAUCUUAGGGACUUGCGAGGGAAAAUGCAGAAGCUAGAGCAACGGGUACAGACCGCCAGAUCGAAGCUUCCGGCGCCCGUGCAUACGCCGCCCAGGGCAUCACCUAGAAGCGGAUCAGCGCUCGGCAACCACAUUCCCGCAUCUGUGACCGUCCGCACUCGCAAGCGAACCGGCGGCAGUACCAUCAGCGGAGUCGAUUCUCUCCCGGAUAAAGGAAGGGAGACGCCGUCCGUGCGAUCAAAAGCGAGUAGGCCCUCCUUAACACGACAACCUCCCUCUCCUACCCGAGGCGAAAUGGCUGCGCCUCCGUCUCUCAGGCCAUCAUCUAGAGCCAGUGGGAUCUCGGGACGGUCCUCAUUCGCACCGAGUCACAGUCGUCCGGGAAGUCGGGCUAGCGUGUCUGGAUUUGGGCGACCAGCGCCCCUGGGCAGUGGUGUUGGGUCAAGUUAUGCGCCGAAUGCCUCCACAGACCGAGUCCGCCCUAAGAGCAGUCUGAGUAGUUAUGGAUACGAUGGGGCGAUGGACGACGACAGUGUCAUUGCCUCCGGGACUUCAUCUGAUUUCAGAGAUGCAGUCACGCCUACGCCGCGCCGAACCACGUUCGCAAAGCGCACCAGUGAUGUUGGUUCCGCCAUACCCAGUCCCACGAAGCGCACCAGUUUGGGCGGCGUCGGCGUCAACGCUGGUGCUUCGACGAAAUUGCCCGGCCUCGCUCGACGGCAAAGUACUGGGUUUGGCCGAGCCGACAGCGCAGCUGACAUGAGGCCGCCGUCGCGACAGCUGAAUAAUGUCCAGGAGAAUUACGAUGUGAACGAGACAUUUUGAUGUUGGAUGACAAUGACAAUUACUCUUGAUUUCCUGAUGUUUGUCCAUGACAGGGAUAGGAGGCCUUGGAACAGACGCAGAUGUGCUUCCUCCAGUUGUCUUUUUCGUUUACGUGCCAUGGAUUGCAUGCUGGACUCAACUUUGGUACAGAGAUUGAGAGACUGAGAUAUGAAUCGUUGGGUACGUUUGAUGGGCCGGUUCAUUGCUGGUCAUGAUCGGAGUCUCGAGUCAAGAGCUAUCCUGGUUGGACUAGGGUGGUCUUGGAUCUGGUUACAGGAAGAAAGCCCCCAACCCGAUUAUCAGAUUCUAUGCAGUGAAUUGGCUUUCCUGGAAGCCUGCAGCGCGAACCUGGUUCGAGGAAUGUGGCACGAGGCAUGAUGAUUGAUACCCCAAACAUGAACAAUAUUAUAAGCAAGGCUGUGGGCGGUACCUUGGCAGCUUGAUUCUUCCUGGACGAUUUGAAAUCGGUUAUAGCUAGCCACGAACGUGUGACGACAAUUUGGCUCAAAGACAAACUACUCGAGCUGUGAUACAGGAACCAAUGCUCAUUGUCAAGAUGCCCAAUUACUAACAUCUUCAACCUCCGUGA